ACGUUAUGCGUGCCUUGUCAUCACGUAGGGCAGGUUUCAGUUUGCAAACACGAUACAUUCUUUUCCAGUGUCAGUGCUCCACCGAGGAACAGAGGAAGGGACGUGAGGGCAGCAGAGAGGAAGGGCCAAGAGAGAAGAAGGAUCCGAGAAUAUACUUUGGACGAUUUUAGGAUGUUAUUUUGGAUGUAGGUAGGCAGUGGGCUAUGUUAUGUUCAUGUGACGUCUACUGGGAGGCAGUGAGAUAAACGUCCGGGAUACAUACACACACAUAAACACACGGGCUGAACGGGAUGCCCGCGUGACUGCAGGGAGAAGAGAGGCGGCGGAGGGGGGGUCUAGGUGCGUGUGGACCACCGCAAAACCCUCGAGGCGGAGUUAUCAAAGAUCGAAACGUGUGAGGGGAGAUUCAUUCUAGCCCGGCUUCUAUUUUUGGUGCAGUUUGAAAAUCGAUGGAAGAUAUUUAUUUCCUGUUCAUAUCGAGGUAAUAAUUAGUGUCGCUUCCCGAAUGAAACCGAUGUGAUUUCGAGCUUUGAUCUCCACACCGCCUUUUUUCCCUCCGUGACAGGAUGAAGACCCAGUAACAUAAGGUCGCGGGAGGGGAGCGCACAUGUUCGGAUGCUGCUCCUCCUGACAGGACACAUACACAACUGACCGACUCAUGUCAUCGCUAGUGGGAGUGCAACAACGAGGUGAUCAGGUGCUUUCUUUGGGAUGCUUUAGAUUUUGCGGCCUACACGGGUCUCCAGUUACCGCAAUGCCACGGGCGAGAGGAGGGAGAGGUGGAAAGGAGAAGAUGGAGAGAUGGUAGCAGAAAAUAACCGAAUGGAGCAGUAAAAAACCUAUCUCCGGUUUUGUGAUUGUGUUACAAUCAUAGAGCGACUAAGCAGGAGGAUGAUCUAGACUGUACCUCAGUGUAGGCUAUAGUGGCCUGUGAAGUGCAUGGGGUCAAAACCACUUUAUCGACUAUAACGUCAAAUGAGGUGAGUACGGUGUAGUGGCUGCUCAUUUCUCAACUUUCUGCUGACAAAGUUCUUGGACUCACUGACGGGACCUCAGUGCGCACCAUGGGGCAUUGCGGAGAACGUAUGGCACCUGCCAGUGGAGAGUUUGGUGCAUAACAGUGACAGAGUGGAGCUCUCAAGCCAGCCUUUAUGUCACCCCCUCUUCCCUGCUGUACUUCUACUUACACUGCUGAACCUGGUCUUAUGAACGCAAAGUAAGCAUCAAACCUCUCCCACAGUCAAACCUACCAUGCCUUCACCUUCAGACUCCAGCAGCGUGGCUUCGGCCUCCGGAUCCAGAGGCUGGUCAGACAGCCGUAGGGGCAUGUCAGGCAGGGGGGCUGGAAGUGCACGGCUUCUCCUCUACCUGGGACUUUGCCAUUUGGGCCUGGGAGCCAUGGUCCUGGCCUUCUCCUUCACCAGCAUGGCCUUCACCUCCUCAGCCCGUGUGAGGCAGUCCUGUCCCUUCUGGGCUGGCUUCUUUGUGGUGGCAUCAGGAAUAGUUGGAAUAAUCUCCUGGAGAAGACCUCUGACUCUGGUGGUGUCACUGUUCAUGCUGCUGUCUGCAGUGUGUGUGAUCCUCAGUUUGGCCGGCUCGAUGCUGUCCUGUCAGAACGCACAGAUGGUCAAGUCUAUGCUCACCUGCCAGGUGGAGAAUGGCCUGUGUGUGUGUUGUGCACCCACUCACUCCUGCUCCAUCACAGAAGAGGAGACCCUGGUCCUCUAUCUAAACGCUGACUGCCACUCAGUUAGACAUCAGUUAAAAGACCUUCUUUUCAGUGCUUGUGGUCUCAGCAUUCUCUCCACUAUCAUUUGUACUCUGUCCACUGUGACCUGCAGUAUCCACAUAUUCUCUCUGGACCUUGUGCACCUGUUGGCGCCACAUCGGUCUCGCUCUGUCAACCCAGAAUGCACCACUCCUCAGGAUGCUUUCCUGACCAACAUCAUGGACUUUGAGGAGUUUGUCCCACCCAUCCCUCCACCUCCCUACUACCCUCCUGAGUACACCUGCAGCUCUGAGACAGACGCUCAGAGUAUCACUUAUAAUGGCUCCAUGGAGAGCCCUGUCCCUCUGUACCCCACUGACUGCCCCCCUCCCUAUGAAGCUGUGAUGGGACAGAGAGCUGCCAGCCAGGCGACAGUGUUUGACCCCCAUGGCACUGAGCUGUCUUUAGAGAGAGGAACUUCUACAGCCUUCAGCGGUGAAGUUUCCAUGGACAGUGGAUCUCUGUUGAUGUCAGAGAUCGUGGACAUCCCUGAUGACUCCUCCCCCUCUGAGGACUCCUGUCUGAUGGAGGUUGGGCUGAGAAACCAGGGAGAGAGAGGCAACAGGACCACCAGUGAGGGGGGAGAUGGAGGAGAAGGAGGGGAGUACAUCAGCUACCGCGGUCCUCCGUCUCAGACACCGGAGAGUCCACUGGCUGGAGGACCCAGAGCUAGACGCUUCAUCAGAGGAGAGAGGUCCAACUCCUGCUCUUCACCCAGCACAGCUACUACAACAUACAGGUCCCCAGUGUUGCGGCGCCAGGCCUUGCUGACCAGUAGCUGCUCCCAACUAGAAGCCAUAGGUGCUUCGGCCUCUCAGCAGCGACCUUUUAUCCCAGAGAUUCGAGUUCGUCCCUCCACUCCCUCUUGCCAAGGUGCAGGCCUGGUCUCCUCAGCUCCUGUCACGUCAUCCUCCUCAGCUGACAGUAAGCAGGGUGGUCAGGGUCACGGACCCCCACUCCCUCGCCAACCCCUGUAUCUACGACGAAGAGCUGGGAAGACAGAGAAGGACGGGGAGGGCUUGAGAAGAAGGGAUAGUGAAGGGUUUCUGCGUCUUGUGAGGUCACAUAGUGAGCCAGGCAUUGGUUCUUCUACCGAUACAGUUGACUUUGGCUCUGGAGGCAGUAAGGACGGCGGUCUCACAUCAACAGAAACAGGGCCAGGAUCUGAAGCCUGUCUGUUGCCCCGUGCUUCUCUGGCCCCCGCUGCAGCUUUGCCCACUAAAGGCAGCAUGAAAUCAGCAGCCACAGGGGUGCAGGUCCCAUCUAAACCUCCCCCUACCUCGCCACUGCGUUUACCUAAAGACUGCCACCGUUCUCUAGGAGACCUUAAGGUAACUCGAGUUCUGGUGGCUCGCUUCCUGCAGCGCUCCAAACGCAACCUAGCACCCUCGACAGAGCAUGCUGGGAAUACAGGACAGGGUCCAAAGAGGAGGGGCGGAGCUGAGGGGACUGGAACCAACCAUCUGCCCCUGGACCAAGUGUUGCGGACCCCUUGGAACACCAACCGGGGACACCCCAAUCAUCACUCCCAUCACCCCCAUUACCGUGGCCACCACCAUUCCCACAGUGACAGUCGACACAAUCGGCAUUACAGCAGCCGAAUCCCAGAGGGCAUCCACCUGCGUAGCUGUGGAGAUUUAAGCUCCUCCUCCUCAUUACGUCGAUUAGUGACUCCUCAUACCCCUCAUGGUUCAUCAGGAGCUCUAUACUCAGAGUCUGCGCUGUGAGGACAAAGGAGGAAUAGAGGAGGAGGUAUGCAAGGGGGAAGAUUAAAAGGUGACUGGAAUGAGUGGAAAAGGGGCAGACUGAUGAUAAGUACAAGCUAUGGUUUUAGUUUAUGAACUCUGGACUGUCUUCCCUCCUUGUUCUCUUUGUCACCUCCAUUUUCUGAUGCCAACUGCGCAAACAGCCUUAUAAAGUGGUGCUCUUUAUCACAACAUAAAACCAGAGCUCACAUAUUUCAUUGUUCAACAGCAGUGAACAGACUAGAUGCGUACAUUUGGCCAUUCAGGUCCCUGUUCCAAGGCUGGCCCAGACCAAACUAGAAGCAUCCUUACAGUGAUUCUGUAUCUAUCUCCUCAUCAUCCUCAUCUGGAAACGUGUUUUUUCCUCAAGACUCGAGACAGAACUCUUCUACUACUCAUGCUACAACAACCACUUGUGUACUUACAGCCUGUAACAUAAUUAUGGGUUGCAAAAUGCUUCUGGUCCUUUUGUACAUUGCUGUUCAUUAAGAGGAUCGCUCAGGUGAAGUGAUCGUGGAAACCUUUAUUUUGUCUUCCAUUUAUUGAAAACAUGCAUCUCAAUACACUAUCCACUUAUAGAUAGCUGAGUACAUUGUAAAUUAAACAGAAAAGGCUGAACGUGAGGACACACCGUCUCACAUGGAAAACAUUUUACUGAGUUGAAAAUUUUGUCUUUUUCAUUUUGCAACUCAGAUCUCCAUUAUUUUACACUUCCAUAAAGGCCUUCACAAGAGGCAGCCAGCAUUUCUAACACUUACAUGAAAACACACCACUGACACAUGCUCUUCUUUGAAAUAUAUUCUCUGUGGGUGUCCACUGGGCACAGUGGUUUGAUUUGCAUAUGUGCAUGUUUUGCUACAGCCUCCCCAAUACAGCAGGUACCUUGUGCAUUAGAUUCUGACCGUCUGUGUAACUAAGUAAUAUGUCUUCAGAAUGUCUUUAUCUGCAUGUUUUGACAAUGCUUCUUACUUUUUUCCUCUUGCACCCAAGACCUUUGAUAGUAGCAAUUUGAAAUGCAUUUGUGUUAAUAGAAAGCUGAAAGGAAAGGUCAGAGUCAAAGAUAUGUAGUGUUUAUCGAGUUUAAUGCCAGAUGGCUGCAGAGAUGCCUCCGCAGUCUAAUUUGAUUUGAUAGGAUUUGAAAAUGUUUCAAGUGCGCAAGCAUAUCUCUGACACUGGCUAAAUCAGCCUAAUUCUGUAAGAUAAACAGAUGUAAAUUGCACCGUGACUCUGGCAUGAAGAGUCUCUUGCAAUAAAUGUACAGACUUAUUUGAUACAAGGCUAGAAUUCACAUUACAGGUUGCCAAGGGUCCCCUUUUGAAUUGCAGGGAUUAUGAGUGGGUGGUUAAAUGAAAACACCUUGGGCUGCUGGUACCGCAGUGACAGUAAUGAUGUGAUUCCGACAGCUCUAGAGACUGAAUAAGAUGUAUCAAUGUAUGUAUCAGAUUGGAGAUUUUUCUUUGGAACGUAUUUUUGGUGUGUUCACUAAGUGAUAUUGACCCCAUGUCAGUAAAGGCACAUUUUUGGAUACACUCA